GGCUGCUCGUGAUUAGAACCGUUAAACUCACGUGCACGCGUGUCUUGCUCAAUGCUGAUGUUUUAGUGCGCACCACAAUAAUUAACAGAACAUGUUUUACGUGUGUUAAUUAGUUUUUUUUUAAUUGUGUUUUGGUCGCGUGUUAACCAAUAAUUAGAUACCACGGCAAAUGUGAGGGAUAAAAAAACAGAAUCAAAUUUGAAAUUAGUCAGCUUAGAAGUUUGUGUUGAGCAAAUCUUGAAGUUAGAAAGUGAAAUCCGAAGUGUUGUGUGGCUUCACAAAAUGGUGAAAAAAUGAAGUCCUAAAAUUUCAAUCGGAUAAUGGAGAUGAAACCGGUAGCCGACUGGCGUCGUAACUUUAGUCACGCUCGUACAUAGACACAAUGCUGGUUAGAGACGGUGGGCGAGCCAUAGUGACGUCACUUCUUCUGCUACUGCUGCUCUCGAUUGGAGAGGGGUGCGGCCCGGGGAGGGGGUCGGGGCGGCGGAAACGCCCACGGAAACUGACGCCCCUCGUCUUCAAGCAGCACGUGCCUAACGUCAGCGAAAACACCCUGGGCGCGAGCGGCCUGACGGACGGGCCAAUCAAAAGAUCGGACGCCAAGUUCAAGGACUUAGUCAGGAACAAUAACCCUGACAUUCUCUUCAAAGAUGAGGAGGGGACAGGGGCGGAUCGGAUCAUGUCUCAGCGCUGUAAGGACAAGCUGAACACGCUGGCCAUCUCCGUGCUCAACCAGUGGCCAGGGGUCAAGCUCAGGGUCACAGAGGCCUGGGAUGAGGACGGGAUGCAUGUAGAAAACUCACUCCAUUACGAGGGACGGGCAGUGGACAUUACAACAUCAGACAGGGACCGAUCCAAGUACGGCAUGUUGGCUAGACUGGCAGUCGAGGCGGGGUUUGACUGGGUCUACUAUGAGACACGGGGUCACAUUCACUGUUCCGUCAAAUCAGAUUCGUCAGUGGCCAUCAAUUUUGGCGGCUGUUUCCCUCCCUCCAGCACAGUCCUGCUCUCAUCUGGGCAGACGACCCCGCUCUCACAGCUUCGUGCUGGGGACAGUGUGCUCAGCAUGGAUGCAGGCGGCCAUCUUGUUUACAGUGACGUCAUCGCCUUCCUAGACCGCAGUACAGAGCGCGUGGCGACCUACUACACCCUGACAACAUCUUCAGGCAGGGGCGUCACCCUCACAUCCAAGCACCUCAUCUAUGUCACACACCACAGUGACUCACUGACUCUUAACGACACAAAUAAAACUAUUUAUAGAACGAGGGAAGCGUCAGAACGACCUCGGCUAGCCUACGCAGAAGAAGUUCGUGUGGGCCAGUACAUAUUUCUUGUCACAGACUCUACCUCAACUGCUGGUAGCUCACCUUCCGGUGACUCGCCUGAAAAUGUGUCACCAUCCAUCUCUCCUGUGAGGCCCCCGGUACACGUCACGGUUCCCGAGCAAGUGGUGGCCAUACAGAUCCGCGCCAUCAGAGGCGUGUACGCCCCCCUCACCCAGCUGGGCACCAUCGUGGUGGACGGCUACGUCACGUCCUGUUACGCCUUUCUAAAAGAUGUGCAGUUGGCGCACACAGCGCUAGCGCCAUUGCGAGGCUAUCACGUGAUACAGAAAUAUAUAGGACAUUGGCUGGAAUCUAUUUUCUCCGAUCUGAAUGUGUGGUCGCCGUCGUCUGCUAGCAGUAGCCAGACGAACAUCACGAGCCACGAGACGACCCAAGACGGGGCGCAUUGGUUCGCCCAAUGCUUGUACACUAUCGCAGUCCAUUUGCUUGGAAUGGAUUUAUUCAUUUCGCUUUAAGUGUCAAAAAAUACUUAAAGUACGACAUGUAUUUUUUUUUAAAGUUUGAAAAGUUUAAUAUUUUAUUUGAAGUAUGAAAAGUUAAAUAUUUCACUUAAUGUAUAAAACGUUCAAUAGCUCGUUUUAAGUAUGAGAACUUUAUUAUUUUACUUAAAUUAUGAAACGUUGAAUAUUUCAAUUAAAUUAUGAAAAGUGAAAUAUUUUAUUUAAGUUAUAAAACGUUGAAUAUUUCAGUUAAAUUAUGAAAAGUUCAAUAUUUUAUUUAAGUUAUAAAACGUUCAAUGUUUCAGUUAAAUUAUGAAAAGAGAAAUAUUUUAUUUAAGUUAUGAAACGUUGAAUAUUUGACCUAAGUUUAAAAGUUGAACAUAUUUUUCAGACUUCUGUUGCUUAAUAUUGAUAACAUUUAUAAUUGUCAGUUGUUUUAAAUGUUAUUUGUGAUCUAAGAUUAAUGCAACGGAAGUUUUGCUGCUUUAGUUCUUUUGUAUCAAAUAUUUGAUGAUGUCAUUCAAUUUCCUUAAGUAAAAAAAAGUAAAAUUCGUUAUAGUAAUAGCGACUUAUACAGACCAUGCAUCCAACUUAAUUAGCGACUUACACAGACUGUGCAUCCAACUUAAUUAGCGACUUAAUUAGCAACUUAUAUAGACCAUACAUACAACUUAAUUAGUGACUUAAUUAGCGACUUACACAGACCGUGCAUCCAACUUAAUUAGCGACUUAAUUAACGACUUACACAGACAUUGAAUCCAACUUAAUUAGUGAUAUUCUUUAUUUACUUAUGCAUCCAAUGAAAAAAUAUCUAGGCUUAGGCUUUCAAUGAUAUUGUACUGUGAGAAAGAAUAAAAUUUAUCCAAUUAUUAUUGUAAACACAUUCAGAAAUUUGUCUUUCGGGUUUAAGUUUUACAAAACAAAAAUCACAUUCGUUUAUUAACUUACAUUUUGUUUGCUUAUACAACAAUUUGGUAAUGUUCAUUUCGAUUAUAUGUUGAGCUAAAUUAUUGUAAAAAAAAAACUUUUGAGUUCGAAGACUGUAUUGAACUUACAGCUUGCAAUACUGGCUGUGCGUCUUACACUGUGUAUAUAUUUACAUAUCAACACAAACGAUGUCUAUAUUCUUACAUAAUGAAUUUUGUGUCUAACUAGAUGAAGUGUGUUCAUGUGGACACGUCAUACUUACAGCCUACACAUACAUGUCAUGUAUUGACAAUAUUUGAAUGCGUAUUGACAUAUGAAUUCAGCUUUUGCUAUGUUUAUUUUUAGUUCAUACCGUCACGUGACUAUGCGAGUCAUCUCUGAAUUGUUUAGAGAGUCUAGAUAUCAGCAGACGGACAAUUUACACUAUAAAUAUUCGCUACAAUGCAAUAGAAAUAAAUAAAUAUUCUACUUAAAAUCUAAUUUACUUUUUGUUCACCUAAAAUAGAUCACGUUCCGUGCUGAAAGUCGGAAAACAAAAACGAUAAAUAAUUGAAAUGUUGGCGUAUCGAAGCGGAACAAUUUGACAGUAAUAUCGAUUUGAGUAAAAAUGACUGGUUUCAAUAUGGGACAUUAUGACUAGUAAAGAUAUUAAAAUCGAUUGCUGUUUGACUACCUCAUGAUAAAUGUUUUGCCAUUAGCCUGGAGUCAUGUAUCGUUGAUUGCUGUCAGUGACAUGCUGUCAGUGACAUGCUGUCAGUGACAGCACUCGAACAGGCUGUACUCCUCUUUCAUCACAUCCAUUUCAUUACACGUCACACAACCAA